GAGGCGAGGCCCGGCCCGCCUCGCUCCGCAGCCUGCCCUGGGGGCGGCUUUCCUCUUCCCGUCGUGCGUGGGCGGAGGCGCCGCGUGUGUGGGAGCCGUCCCCGCCGGCGCAGCGAGGGCCGUGCUGCUUCCUCACACGGGGGCGGGCCGGGGCCGGAGGUGUCUUCUCCCCGUCCUUCUGUCCGGUUGUCCUCUCUGGCUCUCAUCCUCACUCGUUCUACGUGAAGAACCAGGCAACAUCGGUCCUACUUGCUGGCUUUCAGCCUGAAGCUGCCGUGUGUGUGAUUGAUGUGGCGAUUGAUGUCCUUGCCCAGCAGCAUGUAGUCAUGCUGAGAUGCUAAGAUCUUCAUGUAACUGGCUGAAAAAUGGUUCUACAAGAUGGCAAUCCCAACUCUAACACUAUUAAAAUGGAGAUUAUCUUCACUGUGACAUGAUCUGUGAAAUUUGUUAGCAUUUUCUGUUUGUGUUUUACGCUUACUGUGCAAGGUUACAAAUGGUGUGGGUUUUUAUCAUGAAUCGAAUGAGCUCCCAGAGCAGUUCAUCUUCUCAGCGUAGAAGAAUGGCUCUAGGAAUUGUCAUUCUUCUCCUUGUUGAUGUGAUAUGGGUUGCCUCUUCAGAACUCACUUCUUAUGUUUUUACCAAGUACAACAAACCUUUUUUCAGUACGUUUGCAAAAACAUCUAUGUUUGUUCUAUACCUCUUGGGAUUUAUUGUUUGGAAACCAUGGAGGCAACAAUGUACUCGUGGGUUUCGUGGAAGGCAUGCAGCUUUUUUUGCAGAUGCUGAAGGUUAUUUUGCUGCUUGUACAACAGAUAAUGCUGUAAACAGUUCUCUGAGUGAACCUUUAUAUGUUCCUGUAAAGUUCCACGAUUUGCCAACUGAAAAAAGUGGCAGUAAUAAUAGUGAUGCAGAGAAAACUCCCAAAAAACCUCGUGUGAGGUUCAGUAAUAUUAUGGAGAUCCGGCAGCUCCCAUCGAGCCAUGCACUGGAAGCAAAGCUGUCUCGCAUGUCGUACCCAACAGUUAAGGAGCAGGAAUCAAUAUUAAAAACUGUAGGAAAACUCACUGCAACUCAAGUAGCAAAAAUUAGCUUUUUCUUUUGCUUUGUGUGGUUCUUGGCAAAUUUCUCUUACCAAGAAGCUCUAUCAGAUACCCAAGUUGCUAUAGUUAAUAUCUUGUCUUCAACCUCUGGGCUUUUUACUUUAAUAUUAGCUGCAGUCUUUCCAAGUAACAGUGGAGACAGAUUUACUCUGUCCAAAUUAUUGGCAGUUUUUUUAAGCAUUGGUGGUGUGGUACUUGUUAACCUUUCUGGAUCUGAGAAAUCUCCGGGAAGAGAUACAAUAGGCUCCCUUUGGUCUCUUGUAGGAGCAAUGCUGUACGCUGUGUACAUAGUGAUGAUAAAAAGAAAAGUAGAUAGAGAAGAUAAACUCGAUAUACCAAUGUUCUUUGGUUUUGUAGGACUGUUCAAUCUGUUGCUGCUAUGGCCAGGGUUUUUUCUGCUUCACUAUACCGGCUUUGAAGCAUUUGAGUUUCCCAGUAAACUGAUAUGGAUGUGCAUUGUCAUUAACGGCCUUAUUGGAACAGUUCUGUCAGAGUUCCUCUGGUUAUGGGGCUGCUUUCUUACCUCAUCACUCAUUGGCACACUUGCGCUAAGCCUUACAAUACCUCUGUCCAUAAUAGCUGACAUGUGCAUGCAAAAGGUGCAGUUUUCCUGGCUGUUUUUUGCAGGGGCAGUCCCUGUCUUUUUUUCUUUUUUCAUCGUAACUCUCUUAUGUCAUUAUAACAACUGGGAUCCUGUGAUGGUGGGAAUCAGAAGAGUUUUUGCCUUUAUUUGUAGAAAACAUCGAAUUCAGAGAAUGCCAGAAGAAAGUGAGCAGUGUGAAAGUCUUAUUCCUAUGCAUAGUGUUUCUCAAGAUGGAGACAGUUGCUGUUCGUAGACAAAAGUUUAAAAAUGGAAUGAUGCCUAGUGAAGAGACAAUCUUCUGGAAAAGUCCCAAAGGAGUAAUGUUUCAGUGCCUAUUCUGAAUUUUUAGUAAAAAUGAGAAGUUUCUGUUCUUGUGAAACUCUAAACAUCUUUCUUGCUUUCAUCUGGUUUUAUAAAUGAAUGAAUUUACUCCAUGCAUAUCAACGUAGGGGAUCUUAGUCCAUCUGAGCAACCAACCUGCCUUACUACACUGAGCUGGUGAAGUUACUUGACAAAAUCAAGAAAAUGAAUGCUGUUAAGUGAUUUCUUUCUCUUUUUAACUCUCAAUUUUGUUAAAUGCUGGACAACGUUAUUUUAGAAAAUACUUUCGAAUGAGUUAUGUAAAUAAGUUUGCAGGUCAUCACGUCUUACAGGCUUUCAGAUGAAAAGCUAAAUAGAUACGUUACCUGUAGUAGGUACAAAUUAACUUUUUUAUGUUGUAUAAACUAUUUGCAUAUUAAUAGAGGAAAAUAGUAAAAUAAUUUAUUAAGUGAAUUCUUGUAAUUAUUAAGGCAAGAUCUUUGUACAGUCCUGGAACACUACAUAUAUAUUGUCUUACCCAUUUUGAGAAGCCUUGUAACGGCAAUGGGUGCCGCUGUUUAAAAAUCUUGUGUUUCCUCGUGAUCCGGAAUGUUUAAAAUCUUAGUGAAUGAAAGAAUAUUUAGAAUGACAGUACAUUUGAGUGUACAUUCUCAAAAACAAUCCCUUAAGAAGACCAAUUCUGUAACUCAUCUUGAUUCCAAAUGAUUUCAUGUGGAAGGCUUAAUUUGAAAACUUUCAUUUCAAUAGCUGCCAACUGAGGGAAGAGAUCACAAUAAGUUGUUACAGUUUUCAGUUGUGGGUUGGCACUACAGCAAUCUACUAAACAAUGUGAAAGCUAAAAAUAAUUGCAUUGAUUUUUUUUUCCAGUUGCAUUAAUAAAUUUAUUCUAAAACUGAUUUGUUUUCCUUACAACCUCUAUCUUCCUUCUACUGCAGCUUUUGUCCUAUUUGAUUCUGAGAAGUUAUGAAUAAUUACAUUCAAGGAUAUUUGAAAUAAAUCAGUGACAUUUUCCAAUUUCUGGCCUAUAAGACACUUCUAUUAAGGAAAAAAAAAAGGCUUGAUAGAUUUUGUUUUCCUAUAAUGAAUGUAAGACAGAUUUUCAGAUAGUAUAUUCUCUUCCGCAUAACAAGGCAAUUAAUAACAGUGCAUUCUUAUAUUUCCAUACAGAUAUGAAAGGAUAACAAAGCAAAUGCUUUUUCAUGCUUUGACCCUCUAGUAAUGAUCCUUCCAAGAGGUGAUUUGGUGAUACAACUGGUAGACUAGAUGGAAUUCAGGAAAGCAACAUGUUCAGUGAGACUGUUAGAAGGAUUGAUUCAACCAGCAGCUAGAACGUAAAAUUCUGUAUGUAGAGAAGGAAAAAGAUACUAGGGGAAAAAAGUGAAUCUGGGGGCUGUCCUUGUUGAGUAUUGCACCUUUAUCAAAUUUUUCCUUCUAUUUCUUAAUACUGAACUGCAUUAAAAGUUUCAGUUACCUGAGGUGUCUUUUGAGAUAGUAAGUCUGUAUUUGGAUACCUGAAAUCGUUUUUAAAAUAAAUAAAAGUAGAAAAACAUAAGUUUAUUAAAUUUAAUGUAGAUAUUUUGAAAAGGUUAUCAUUUCAAUUGGAAAGCCCAACAGUAUAGGAGUUGGAAAUACAGUAAGUAAAACUAAUUUUAUGUUUGACUUCAUUAGAAUUUUCGGGGAUUUCAUUGGUAAAAGGAGUUUACAGUGGGAUUUUUGUUUCCUAAAUUAGGACAAAUUAGAGAAUGUUAAUUUCAGCCAUUAACUACAGAUUUAAACCCGUUCCUGUAUAGCAUCUAAUCAGUGACAGCUUCAUCAAACUAACUCUAGGAAGGCUGAGUUUGCUUUCAAAUGGGCAGUAAUAGUAUUUUCAGCAGGAUAUUUUAAUACUGUCUUUUGAAACUGGUCAUUCUGAUUGAUGGAAUGGAUUGAUAAUGUGUCGUGGGCAGUUGCUAUUCAUAUUUGUCCUUAUAUUCGUGGCUGAAAAUGAAAGCUUAUCAUAGCUUUCUACGUAUAUGACUUCUGUUAAGUGGCAUUAUUAUGUUAGAUUUGAAACUAAGUACUAGGAGAAUGUUCUUCUGUCUCUGACCUAAUAAUCUUUCUGUUCAGCAAACUCAAUGUUAGGGCCUUCCCGCUGUUCUGGUUUUUUGCAAAAGACGUGUUAAUCUUUUUUCAAGAUAUUUACUAUUUUAAUCUUUUGGCACUUUGUAGCUGGGACAGGUUUUUUUUUUUGCAUUAAAUUACAGUCCUUUAAAAAAUAAAAAGCAAAGAAAAGAUAAAAUAAAGAAUAAAAAGCAAACUAUUCUUCUUGAAAUGCCAUGGAUUUUUAAGCAGUGGUGCCCCUGUGGUUACAAGAAAUAUACUGCGGUUUUAUUUACUGAAGUUAUAUGUAACAUUGUUCCUGUGUUUAAUAGAAUGUGAUGAGAUUUUUCUAUAAAAUCUUGUGAUUUUUAGUACAAUAAUAUUUUAUAAAUAUAUUGUCUUAUUUGAAAUGUAAAUUGCAUAGUUCUCUAAUGGGUGCUUGGUAAAUGCACAAGAGAUUUAGCUUUGAUUCUCAGGUACCUCUGAUGUAAUGGUGACAUACUGGUAUUUUUUUUUUCCUCGCGACACAACUGGAAUGUGAAGGGGCUCUUGCAGAUGCUUUACUGCUGUGUGCUAGCAUAAAUUGUCGUUCUUACUGUUUCACUUUGGGGAUGUCUUUAUUCUGACUUGCUUCUUGUGGGAAGCACAUACGCUUUAACAAGGAAAAUAGAAUUUUUAACUCAAGCAUUUCUUUGAAUGUCAUGAGAUGCCUAAAGAACGGUGAUUUCCCAUGCCUGCAAAAUGGGUACUACAUGCAUUGUUCUGUCAAACAGUUUAAUUCCUGCAAUCUUAUGAGACAAACCAAGAAUUUCUUCUGUGUGCGAUUGAGUUUUUUUGUUCCGUUUUUAUAUAUGGAAGAAAUUAGGACAAUUUGCUAAAUGCCACGUAGCCUGUCUUAGCUUUUAGGGUUCUGGUGAGUCUUGUCUAGUUUAGGCUAAUGUGCGCUGCAACCCAGAACAAAGGAGGAAAAAUCAAUUCAGUUUUUCUAGCUACUGUGUUAGGUUUCAGUCGUGCCAGAAAUGAGAGGUGCUGUAGAGGUAAUACUGAUCCAGCAGUUACUUGGAAAGCAUGAGGCACAGGAAUGCCACUAAAGACAUGGAGGGCCUGGUAUUUCUAUUGUCAGUGAGCACCACAUUUCUUUUAUGCUUGCUUUUUGCCCUUGGAAAUCAGUGUGGGGCAUGUAGUGUGCAGCUGAUCUGGCCUGCCAUGGAGCUGCGCUAGAGUACACUGCACACAUCAGCCAAGAAGCUGCAGGCUGGGGCGCAGCUGGGGGUGGAGCAAAUGCUCAAGUAUUUUCUCCCAACAUGGUGUUUAGUAGUGGUACUCCUCAAAUGAGAAACCAUGGUGCUGCAUGUAAUACUUGACCCAGUAUGCUGCUACACGCGUUGCAUACCACCACGUGACAUCCUAGCAAAAAUGGAAGAGCCAGUGAAUUGCUUGUUUUGGUGUGUGCUGCUGUAACUGUCGUUCUCUUUCACUGCGCUUAGGCACUGCUAUUUACUAAUACAAUUGCCUUAAGUAAGGUGGUGUAAUAGUUUCUUUUGUAGUUCUUAGUUCCAUCUCUUUUCAUGGUGAAUGUCAUCGUUGCUAUUCCUGACUAAGAGAACCUCUUAUCUUAGGAAGAUGAACUUACUGAGCUUAAGCUAAGGUUAUCAGAGGAGGAGGAGUUGUUAAACCGAAUGGCUCAGCUGCGCCACACAUGAAAAUAGAUAAGCCUUGCUAAGGAGAGUGUUUGUAAUUGAAGUUGUAGGAAGAUGCAUCCUCAAAAAUCAAGCGACAAACUGGUGUUAAAAACAAAGUUGAGUCAUAUCACUUACUGUAGAAUGGUACUUUGAAUCAGUUUUUGUUAUUCUGUGCAAGCUUUGAGUUAUUCACAGUUUCUGUUAGGAAUGUUAUAUAGUGUCUGCAAUUUAAUACCUGUGAUUGCAAUUGUAUUUAAGUGUUGAUGGCUCAUUAACAGUUGUUAUGCAUGAUUUUUUCUUUCUAAUCCAGGAUUGCAUUAAUUGUGUAUUUAGUUUUACAUGUUUAUUGCAUGGCAUGAUUUCUCAGGGAAAUAUGGGUGAUAGCAUGCAUUGUAAGAGCUGGUAACUAAUUCCUGCUUUUAAAAUUGUUACAAACUUUCAGAUUUCACUAAACACUUAACAUCAAAUGAAUUUCAUGUUGAAUUGCUUCUGGUUUAUUAGGUGAAUCAUGAUGAAGGUGUUAACAGCAUUUUAAAGUGUCUGUAAAAUGCAAUCUGCCCAAUACUUCAUUAGCUUUUGGACAUUCGUCCAUUUUAAAUGGACUCAGCAAGUUGUGUGGUUUUUUUCGUGCUUUAGUAUAAUAUGUGCCAUAUACAUUAAUAGUUGCCUGAGACACAACAGCAAUGUUAAUUUCCAGAGUUAGACAAUGCUAUAAUAAUACAGUCUGAUUCUGGGAUAGAGUACCGGUAUAAAUAUUCUAACAUAUUUGCUUGUAUCAUUAAAUUUUUACAAAGUGUUCUUACUUUGGGGAUUUUUGUCUGCUUUUCCAGUAAAGUUACUUUGUCUAGACUGGGAUUUGAUCCAAAGCCCACCAGCAUUAUAGGUAGCAUUAAUAAAAUAAAACUUUAUUGAAAUGCUCAGCAGUCGGGUUGACCUUUAUGCUUUUGCAGUGUUUUUAUCUGCAGCAUACAUGACGAGCAGUUUCCUUUAAGACUUCACUAAUAUAAAAGUUGAGGGAUUUAGUGUUGGGGAAAAUGGUAAACGUACCACUGUUACUGAUCACAAAAUAUAUUUCCCUAUAGCCAGCAUGCAGCUUAAUUAUUUAGAAGGUGGAUUUGUCUUGCUGCGUGACUUUUCUUUAGAAUCAGCAGCGUAGGAAAUGUUAACCGCUUUGCUUAGUUGUGUACUAGAAGAAUAUGUUUUGUCAACAGCGAGAAUGUGAUCGUAGCUUUGAGGAUCAACUUCUUGUUGGUCUCUGAUUUGACACUUCCAUUUACUUUGCAAAGAACGCAACAGGACAUCUCCUAGCUAGUUAGACUAAUUGUAUUCUGAGUGCCCCGAUCAUCUGUAUUGUCAUAUACCUAACGUAAAUCAUGUACUUCUAAUACAAAUGUAACCAUUCCUCUAUGCCUUCUCACUGUCCUUCCAGCUGAUGUAUUGCAUCAUUACAUCUGGUAUUAAUAGACAACUGGACAACUUCUGGAAUGCCCACCAUGGUGAGGAGUGCAUCCAGAGUUUAAUCUAGUUGUCACCUCCUACUUUUUAAAAGCGUGAAAGGCUUUUCUCUGAGGAUUUUGAAGAAAGUACCUGUUUAGUUCUUUAGCUGCUGAGUUCAAAGUUUAGAAACUGAGAAACAGCUACUUAAGUUGUAUCCAGAUCUCUUCUGUUUUUAUUUAACUUCUGACUUUUGUCGGGGAAGGUGUGCAGUUCUUUGCAUCUUCCACAGAAUGUAUGUGACUCGAUACUGGAAUGGCCUCAGAAGUAACAGUGAAGAGAUGCUUGUAUGACUUUUAACACGUUCCUGAAGUUUUUCCACAGUUAAUUUAAAAAAAAAAAAUUAUCAAGCUGAGGAGAAGGUAGGCAUACAGUGUAGAGCUAACUUUAUAACAUACAAAUUACUUUGCUUUCAUUAAAUGUCCUUCAGUGUAUUACUGAUGUUGCCAGCCCAGAAGUUUUUCUUGUCUGUUAAAUGUGAUGCUUCUCUCCUCUAUAAAUUGGAACUUUUUCGUGUAAAUUAAACUAGAUCCUCUGUCACAAUGACUGAUUUCUAGAAUAUUUCAGAAUCUUUUCCUUUUAACCUUUAACUAGAGGAACAGCAGGGGAUUUCCACCCAAACAGUGUCCUUUUCCUAUGGGAGAAGAAAACAUUAAAAAAAAAAAUUGAAAUAAAUAAUCUUAUCGGACAGCAUAUAGGAUUCAGCUGCAAGAUCGCUGAGGUAAUUGCCUGUAGAGCAUGUUAGAUACAGGACAUGCUUAGGCAAUAAUUGUGCAAUGGACUGAUCUCUCUGAUCAUGUUUUAAUGUAGAACGUAGGUAUUUAAAAUCUCCUCAUUUUGUGUUGAAGCUGAGUGCUUAAGUCCUGUGACUGUAAAAAUCAUGGAAGAUUUUAUUUGGAGCAACAGUGUACAUGCUAAGGAUUUUCUUGGUUGCUUUUUGGGAUUCUUAGUUGUUUUUUUUUUUUUUUAUGAAGACCUAUAUGUUCCGUGUACAAAUCAGUUACAAAUGAAUGAUCUGCCUAUUAAUUGAAAAUUUUGAGAGCCAUUUACACAAAGCUAUCGUGAAAGCUGAAGCAGUUGUUCAAGUUGACGAUAUCUGAAUAGAAUUAGAGAAGUGUAAUGAGCACGUAGUACGGACCUCAGCAUUGUACAACUGAAUGCGUCCUUGUAAUGAUGUAAAAUUUAUUCAGGUUCUCCUUGGGAUGGGUAUUAGUUAAACAAAAUUGCAUCUGAAACUCUUGUUUAGAUAUUUAUGCUGACCGAUUUGGUACAUUUCUAAAAGUUGUGCAUUGAAACAUGCAUGAAACCAAUAGCUAGUACCCUUGGUCCUUUUAGCAUUACAUCUUGCACUACAUUUCAGCUCUGUAAUUUGAAGAGAACUCUGAAAUUGCUUCAACUGAAGAACUUUAAUAUGACAAAAACUUUUGUUUGCAUGAAGUUUGUAUGGUUUGCUGAUAAUUCAGAUGUUCUGAGAGCACAGAUAGUUCCAGCUGUAUGUUCUUUAUGUGUUAUGCAUAAGCUUUUAAACAUUUUCCUUAGGAAGACCAGAACCUGAACUGCCUGAUGCAUAUUGCAUUUGCACCUAAAUACUUGAUUUCGGAAUGUGUUAAACCUUGUCUAUUUUUGAUAAGAAACAACAUUUUAAUCCAAUUUCCAUUUAAUAAUAAGUAUGUUCACACAGAGGAAAAUCAUAAUCGUGGCUUGAUGCGGUGAUUUAUGCAAGAAAACAGCAGGAUGGCAGUAGUAACUCUGAAAUGAAGAUGCAAGUCUCUUCAGAAACUGGCUUCUUGUUCUUUCCUUCCUUCUGUACUAAAUAAGUGUCUUCAUUAUUCCUGAUUUAUACAGGUGAAGCAAGGACCAGAACUUUACCCUUUUGUUUUUUAAAAGUGAACAUUGACUUUUGCCUGUAGCGUCUUUGUCACAUCACUUCAUUUUCUGAAGGGGAUUCAGUUAAAUGAGAAGUAUAAAAUAAGUAUUUUUAAUUAAAAACAAAUUUAAGCUAUUAAUAAUUUUGAAAUUCUCAAUAUGAAUAGAGAUCUAAUGAAUGAAAAUUAUAGGCUUAUAUUGCAAAUACCAAAUACUGCUUAUAUAUUUUUUAACAAAAUCAGUAUAUAUGUGAUUAUUUGAAACGUGUAUAAAAGUGACAAUGGGAAAAUCAUUCUUAUGUUGAUAGAUUUAUAAAUUGAAAUUAUUAAUAUCCAAUACCAAAACCCUAUAGAAGGGCUAGUGAAAAGACAGUGUAAUGUAUUCUGAAAAACAGCCUGUGUAUUACAAUCAAUGGGUGUGAUGUUUUUGUUCUGUAUCAUAUUUAUUAUGUGUAAGUAAGCCAAUAAAGAUUAUAAAUCGUAUUUUCU